CUUUGGUCCAGGGCAGGUUAUAUAUUGAUGAGGAGCUAAGGGCAGAGUCAAGAGAGAAACAUGGUCUAGUGUCUGCUGGUGCCAGUAAACAUGGUUUACAGACUCUAACAGUAGCUAGUGAGAACAUUAAGCCGUUCCCCACGUGCCAGACGAGUGCCACUCUCUUGAGCGAAAACAGAUCCUCACCAUGAUCGGAGAAUCAAGAAGAAUAUAUGUCUCUGAGCAGUCGGCCUUUUCGGAUCUUCAAAAGCUGCCGUCCAAAUUCCUAAAGAAUCUGAGGAACAAUGGUACGAACUGUGAGGAGCGAAGCACCGCACGAAAAGCAGACAAGACGAUGCUGGAUUUUGAGAUUGAAAAGCUGAAGAAAAAGCCAAGAAACGUGUCAACAGAAUCCCCCUCGUGCAAAGGGUGGACAAGGUUUGGUACCCACAAAGCCAAACGUGUGGAAUUGGCAAAAGACAGGGAGGUAGGCACCCCCUAUAGGCAGACCGAGGAGGGUCUUAAUCUGAGGGAACAAAGGACCAAUAGUGCCACUGACAGGAGACUGACAGCGAUGGUGAAGAAUGAGACCGUUGUACAUCAGCACUUAUCCAGCAGCACAUUGACAAGCAAAAAUGAGCUGGAGGAACUGAAGUCAGAAUUACUGAAGCAAACAGACAGUAUAAGGAUGCUAAAUGAAGAAAAGCGAAAUCUCAUUGCCAAGAAUACCCAACUGGAAUCUCAGCAUGAGAAACAGCAAGCCGAUAUCGUCACCCUGAAAGCUGAUAACAAGUCCAUGAAGCUGGAGAUAGACACGGUGCAUGAAGCUGCCACAAGUCUGCAGGCGGAGAUCGACAGCAACAUCAAGAAGAAGACGUCCCUUUCUCUGGAGUUAUCCCAGCUCAAAUCUUCGCUCACAGAAAAGGAGCAAGAGAUCCAACGGCUUCACUUAGAAAUCAAAAACAUCAGUAAAAGACGUGACAAUGUCUUUGGACUUUCAGAAGCACGGAAACAGAUUCAUGUUUUGAAGAAGGAGAUCACCCGUGAGAGAGGGAACACAGAUGUCCUGCAAGCUGAGGUGAACCGACUGAAGUCUGUUCUUGUCAGCACACAAGAAGAGAACGACAACCUGCGAUGUCAGCUCUCAGUCAACACAGAGAAACAGGAAUCCCUGUGCACUGAGCUCACCAGGAUGAAGACGACGCUGGUCCAGAAGGAGCACAGUGUAGGUGUGUCCAAGCAGAACAGUGCAAGUCUUUAUGCAGAGGUUGCGAAAAAUGAGUUUCUCCUCACUGAAACCAAGAAAGACAAUGACCGUUUAAGACAGGAGAUAAACAACAACGACAGCGUGAAAGAGAAGCUGGAUGAUGAGGUGCACAGCCUGAAGACACUUGUUAAAGAGAAGGAGCAAGAUAUUCUCUGUCUGAGGAAAGACUUCACAAUUAAGGAUGAGAAAAUAGAAGCUCUUGAUGUAGAAGUGUCCAAUGUCAAGUCUCAGCUCUUCAGCAAGGAACAAGAGCUUGAAUCAUUGAGAUUGGAAUUCCAGACUCUAGUGCAGAACCACAAAUCUCUGCUCGCUCAGGUGACUGACAAGGAACUUCUGCUGCUCCAAUCACAAAGCGAGACUGAGCGUCUCAAAGCAGAAAUCUCCAACACCAAGGAGAACAUCGGGACUGUGGAUGCAGAAGCUGCCAAACUCCGGUCUCGGCUGGUGGAAGCAGACGAGGAGAAAGAAAGUUUGCGAUCACAGAUCUCACACAGCGACAAGAACAUUAUAAGUCUCAAUAACCAGAUCUCCGAACUGAAGUCCUGGCUGCUGGACGAGAAGCAGGAUGCAGACAGACUCAGAUCAGAGCUGAAUGCUCUUGCAGCUGAUGUGGCGAAACACAGUUCUCUGCUGCUGGAGGCCAAAAGUGAGAAUGAUGCUCUCAAAGUUGAGAUUAACGUCAAGGAUACAAAGAGAGCAACUCUUGACGAUGAAGCCUCUUCUCUCAAGUCAUUGCUGAUCCAAAAGGACCAGGAAAUUGAGACCCUGAGGUCGAACCUCAACUUAGUUAGUCAAGACAAAGAAGAGCUGCAGGCUGAGGUGGCUGAUAACCAUCAGUGCUUGGAGGAGAAGGACCAGAACAUUGAGAAACUGAGGCUGGAUCUCAACUUGGUGAACAGAGACAAAGAAGAGCUGGAAGCUGAGAUGACCGAAAACCAUCAGCGCCUGGAGGAGAAGGAGAAGGAUAUUGACAGCCUGAGGUCAGACCUCAACAUGGUGAACCAAGACAAAGACCAACUGGUGGUUCAGGUGGCCGAAAACCAUCAACAGCUAUUGAAGAAGGAGCAGGACUUAGAGAAACUGCGAUUGGAUCUGAACUUGGUGAACCGACACAAAGAUGCACUGGAGGCUCAGGUGGCUGAAAACAGUCAGCAACUGUUGGAGAAGGACCAGGACAUUGAGAGCCUGAGGUCAGAACUCAACUUGGUAAAACAAAACAAAAAAGAGCUGGAGACUGAGGUGGCCAAAAACCAUCAGCGUCUGCUGGAGAAGGACCAGGACAUUGACAGCAUGAGGUCAGAGCUCAACUUGAUGAACCAAGACAAAGAUGCCGUGGAGAUUAGGGGGGCCGAAAACCAUCAGCGUCUGCUGGAGAAGGAGAAGGACAUUGACAGCCUGAGGUCAGAGCUCAACUUGGUCAACCAAGACAAAGACCAGCUGGAGGUUGAGGUGGCAGAAAACCAUCAACAGCUAUUGAAGAAGGAGCAGGACUUAGAGAAACUGAGAUUAGAUCUGAACUUGGUGAACCAACACAAAGAUGUACUGGAGGCUCAGGUGGUUGAAAACAGUCAGCAACUGUUGGAGAAGGACCAGAACAUUGAGAGCUUGAGGUCAGAGCUCAACUUGGCGAACCGAGACAAAAAAGAGUUGGAGGCUGAGGUGGCCAAAAACCGCCAGCGUCUGCUGGAGAAGGACCAGGACAUUGACAGCAUGGGAUCAGAGCUCAACUUGAUGAACCAAGACAAAGACGAGGUGGAGAUUGGGGGGACCGAUAGCCAUCAGCGGCUGCCAGAGAAGGUUCAGGGCAGUGAGAAACUGAGGUCGCACCUCAACUUGGUGAACCGAGAUAAGGGUGCACUGGAGGAUGAGGUGGUUGAAAACCAUCGGCAGCUACAGGAGAAGGACCAAGUCAUUAAGAGCCUGAGGUCAGACCUCAACUUGGUGAACCAAGACAAAGACCAGUUGGAGGUUGAGGUGGCUGAAAACCAUCAACAGCUAUUGAAGAAGGAGCAGGACUUAGAGAAACUGAGAUUGGAUCUGAACUUGGUGAAGCGACACAAAGAUGCACUGGAGGCUCAGGUGGCUGAAAACAGUCAGCAACUGUUGGAGAAGGACCAGGACAUUGAGAGCCUGAGGUCAGAGCUCAACUUGGUAAGACAAGACAAAAAAGAGCUGCAGGCUGAGAUGGCCAAAAACCAUCAGCGUCUGCUGGAGAAGGACCAGGACAUUGACAGCAUGAGGUCAGAGCUCAACUUGAUGAACCAAGACAAAGGCGAGGUGGAGAUUGUUGGGGCCAGAAAUCAUCAGCGGCUGCCAGAGAGGGACCAGGUCAUUGAGGGACUAAGGUUGGACCUCAACUUGGUGAACAGAGAUAAGGACACACUGGCAGCGGAGGUGUUGGAAAACCGUCAACGGCUGCAGGAGAAAGACCAGGUCAUUGAGAGCAUGAAGUCAGACCUCAACUUGGUGAACCGAGAUAAGGAUGCACUGGAGGCAGAGGUGAUGAAAAACCGGAAGCGACUGCUGGAGAAGGAGCAGGAUUUGGACAGACUGACCAGAGAGAUGGCCACCAGCGACAACAACAGAGAAACUUUGGCGGCAGAAAUGUCCAAGCUCAAAUCGCUGCUGCAUGAGGCCGAGGAGGAGAACGACAGUCUGAGGUCAGAGAUCUGCCACAGCGACGAGAACAUUGAAAAUCUCGAUGAUGAAGUGUCUAAACUGAAGACUCAGGUGUACCAGAAGGAACACUACAUUGACCGACUCAUCGUGCAGGUCAAACAAAUGCACGAAAAUGCAGAUAGUCUUGUUGCUGAAUCCAGCACCAAAGACACGAUGAUGAACCGCGUGGAGAAGGAGAACCAGAGUCUAAGAGACGAAGUGCAGAGCCUCAAGAGUCAAGAAGCAGAGGUCCAUAUGGUGUCACAGAAACUAGCCGAUAUUGAAGCGCAGAGAGAGGCCGACUGUGCAGAAAUCAAGAUGUUGAAGCACAAUGUGGACAGCCUUCAUAAGGGCAACAAGAUGCUCAGUGAUCAGAAUGACAGACUCAAUGCGGAGCUGCAGCAGCAAACAUCCUUGCAGGACAAGCACAGACGAGAGGUUGAAAGACUGCAAAGAGAAGUGCGAGAGUUUCAGGAUCAACUGCAAGAAGCAGACAUCCUCCUGAGUGAGAAGAAUGAGCAGUUAAAAAAGGCAAAUGAGGAAGUUGGUUAUCUAAAAACUGUGGUCGCAGAGUAUGAGACCCACUCCAGCAACCUGAAAAUGUUGAACAAAGAUCUGAACGUUCAGCUAGAGAAGCAGCAGGAGAAAGAACUCCUGACCGGGGUGAGUUUGUACCAGGAAAUGACUCUGGACGUUGAGGUAUCGAAACUGACAUCUCUAGUGACUGAGAAGGAUGCAGAAAUUGGCAGACUAAAACAGGAAAUCUGCUCCUUCAAUGAGCACAGAGAAGAGAUUUGUGGCCAAGAACACAUACACAAGUCUCUCCUGGAGGGGGCGAGGAAGGAGAAUGAAAGUCUGAGAAAAGAAAUUGCGGAUCAGAAGGAGCACAGAGAGACGCUUGACGCAGAGCUGCUGGAACUGAAAUCUCUGCUGAGGGAGAAAGAGCAGGAACUCUGCUGCCUGACGGAGGAGAUCUACACCAAAGACCAGAGCACGGAUACUCUUAUCGCUCAAGCAACAUUGCAGGAAAAUCUGUUGGUGGAGACCAGAAGAGAAAAUGAAUGCCUCAGAAAUGAAGUCACGCACAAGGAAGAAGAUGCCAGAAAGCUUGUAGCAAAGGAAUCCGAAUUAGAGGCCCUGCUGAUGGAGAAGGAUUGUGCCAUCAACAGACUUCGCUCAGAGCUGGAGAGAGUUGAGCGACAUGUCGCUCAUGUUCUGCCUGAAGACGAAAACAACUUCGAGAUGUCCACUGAAGACAUCAGCCAAAGCUUUUCAGAGACGUUCCCUGGAGAGCAUGAAGAGGGCGAGGAACCUCUCGACAUAUCGAUUCUUCGUGCGGAACAGAUACCACCAGAAGACAUGAACUUCAGUUUUGUGGAGAUUCCCAUGGAAGAGACUGACAUUAACGGACAUUUGGAGAUACCACCUUUGGAUGAGACACAUCAUGAGGAGUGUGUCUCUUCUUCACACAUCAGAGAGGAGUCAGUUGAAAUGCCAGAUGUAGAGCCAGCACCUGGAGAUAACAUCCAUCAGUUCUUCUAUGAGGAGCACAGACACCACGAAGGUCACAGGUUUGAUGAGAACCUCCUGAGGAUACUACCCAGCAUGGAUCCACAACUGCGGAGUGGCCUAUUGUUGAUGUCGUCUGACGUACCAACAAACAGUCAGCACCUCCUGGACGAUGUUGCAACCCAGGCUGAAGACCUCAUGAUGUCUUCAGGCAGUGUUGGACACAACCCAAAUCUCUUGAACCGGUGCGCUAACUGUGUGUGGAGAAUGGGACGCGUUGUUGGGUACUACUCCUCAGCUGCACUCUUCUCCCAUGUCAUGCUCAUGGAGAUCACCGGCAACGGCAUCCUAUGGGAUUACGCCUACCCACUGCUCGGGUGCAACUGUUCCAUUGGAGACGCGUCUCCGCUGCCGUACUGAUGGAAGGCUUCACCCUCUGUCCUGCAGGUCGACUGGUGCGUGUCAGGGUCGUGGUGACCCUUUGUAAUUCAUUACCUGUCAGUGAAAUAAACCAAUCAAAGCUGAGUGUCAGUCAAAUGUAGCUUGUAUUGGUCCACUCAUACACAGCAUGGACACAAAGACAUUGUCCCAUGGAUACACACAGUAAGCCAGCGCCUCUGCAGAAGUCUAGCCUUGGUAAGGGCUCUGGAAGAGUUGUAUAUAUCAGUAAGGCUUGGAUCAGGGGUGGGCGAUUACAUUUGCGAGGAGGUCACAAUGGCAUUCUAUACUGUGACUGCUGUGAGGGCCAUGCACCCAAGAGACAAGAACAAGUGUUAAAUUUGAUAAAACUGUCCCCAAAAUAUCAUAAAAAAGGAGUGUAAUUACUCUGUGACAUAUCCUUAAUAUUCAGAGGUGGGAACUAGUUUUGGUACCUUGCACCUUUAAAUUUGGACUUCAUCUCAAAUAUCAUGAAAAUCUUGCGAUUGAAAAGGCAUGGCAAACAGACAAAUAGAAAAUCUUAAAUACAAAGUCAAAGUCAACAAAUGUCAUUAUGUUAUGCUAGUUAGUUAUGUUUGGUUGGUUACUUCCUGCUUUAAAGUGAUUGUCACAUCCUCCUGUCUGUACAACAUCUGUUUUGUCUCUCCCCCUAAUCCCGUCAUUGUCUGCCCCUCUGUUCCUCGUGAGUACAUACCCU